AUGGAAAUAGGUAGAGGAAGUAUUGGCAGCUUCAUCUUCAUUAGCAUUAUAGUUUUACUCUACUUUUAUUUUAAUCGACGUAUAAUACCUAUCUGCUCCAUAGAAGAAUUUACGGUUUUCGCCCUCCAAGAAAAACCCACAAAUUCCACCCUUCAAACCAACAACACUAUCCAUUUUGAUCUUAAGGUCAAAAACAAAAAAUCUAUCCUCUUAGGAAUUUACUACGACGCUCUUAAACUUACGUUCUUUUAUAAACGUAACAUCCAUAGCUUCCCUAUUGAAAUCGGAGAUGCUAAUUUUCGCCCCUUCUUCUUACGUAAUUCUAAGAGUCAUUCUAUGAGUACUAAUCGUACGGGGAGUAUUGAUGUUAGAGGGGUAAAAUGGGAAAAUGAUACCGUGGUGUCGUCUCAGGUGGUUUUUAGGGUGGAGUUGCUAACAAAGUAUAGGUACAAGAGACUAUUGUGGACGUCUGGUCGAUACCAUUUGUUGGUAGGAGCUGAUUUGGAAGUUAAUAAUGAGGGUAGUUUGGUAAAUAAUAAGGGAGUUAAACUUAAGUCUAAAGCGGGAAGAAAUAGUAAUGUUCGUUUUGAGCUUAUGGGUAUUUUGGGUAUUUUGAUCUUCAUUCUUUCUCGGUAGUUUUAUAUCUUAUAUUAUAUAGGGUAGGGAUCAAAUAAGAAUUUUCUUAAAAUGAGAAGGAUGAAAGAUACAUAAGUUUUUUUUACUAAUCAUGCAUAUUAUUUUCACUAAAUGUGCAUAAUUGAUUUUUAUAAUAAUUGAUUUUUUUUUUAUUUGAGUAUUCUUGGAAAAAACGAAAUUGUGCGCAUUACGUCUAAAAAUAUAUGCAUGUAAAAUUUGAGUCAAUUUUUUUUAUAUACACAUUUAGUUCAAAAAAAGAAAAUGUGUCAUUUUUUAAGUCACAUAGAGGUCAACGUCAGAGAAAAAAGUCAAUUAUCGUCAGAUUAUGAUCUUAAGACAAAUUUUCAUACUCCAUAUUGCUUUUUAUUGAAUAUACUUAUGAAUCAACAAAACUUGUAACGAAAUACUUGAAUAUACUA